AUUCUUCUAAUGUCGAUUUAAUUUCAGUGACUGGUUUCAGUUUAUGGGGGUCAAUCCUUGCGUGCGGCAUUGUUUGUACUUUUUAUACAACAAUAGGUGGUAUGAAAGCCGUUCUUUGGACAGACACAUUCCAAUUACUGGUUAUGUUCUCAGGUUUUUUAGCUGUCAUCAUCCAGGCUUCUAUUCUUCUUGGUGGAUGGUCUAACAUCAUGGAUAUUUGCGAGGAGGGCAAGAGAAUUGAGUUCUUUAAUUUUGAUCCAGACCCGACUGUACGGCAUACUGUGUGGUCUGUAUGCUUUGGUGGAAUCUUUACAUGGGUUGGAAUAUAUGGAUGUAAUCAAGCUCAGGUCCAACGUUACUUCACAUGUAGGACCAUAAAAGAUGCUAAAAUUGCCAUUUAUUUAAACAUACCUGGGCUUUGGUUGGUGUUAUCAUUAUCUGCAUGCAGUGGUCUUGCUAUGUAUGCUUACUAUGUAGACUGUGAUCCACUGUCAGCGGGAUAUGUCAGUGCACCAGACCAGUUGAUGCCAUAUUUUGUGAUUGAUAUCCUGGGUUUUUUGCCAGGCUUAGCAGGUGUGUUUGUAGCCUGUUUGUUCAGUGCUGCACUCAGCACAGUAUCAUCUGGAUUGAAUUCAUUGGCCGCUGUUACAGGUGAAGACAUCAUACUCCAAAUAUGGCCGAAUAUAGAUGGAAAAACAUACACUAAUGUGACCAAGAUACUUGCUUUAUCCUAUGGUAUAUUAAGUAUAAUAAUGGCGUUUGUCUCGUCAGUCAUGGGCAGUGUAUUACAGGCUGCACUUAGUAUAUUUGGUAUGAUUGGUGGACCAUUACUGGGACUGUUCUCACUUGCAAUAUUCUUUCCUUGGGCCAACUACAUGGGUGCUAUUGUUGGGCUAUUAACAGGUUUAAUUAUCUCAUUCUGGGUUGGGAUUGGUGCAUUCAUGUAUCCACCUGGAAGACCUAGACUACCAUUCUCUACAGCCGGAUGUUUGAACCUCACUACAGUUACCACGGAUACCAACACAACCGAUUGGGUGUCUAGUUAUUUUAACGAAUCCGUGACAACAACAACAACUCAAGACUCGUAUCCCCCUAUUGCAGAUUUAUAUUCCUUGUCCUAUAUAUACUACGGUGUACUAUCCUGGCUCAUUGUCGUCAUCGUUGGACUUGUUGUCAGCUUUAUUACUGGUGCACAAAAUCCAGCGGAAUUGGAUGCAAAUCUAAUCAGUCCUUGUGUUGAAAAGUGUUGUUGUUGUCUUCCUGCAAGCUGGAAAAAUAUACUUAAUUGCGGUUUAAAAAAAGAACAGUACCAAGAGCAAGAGAAAUCACCUCAUGAACAUGAAGAAUUAAUGCCAAAUGGAUGUAAAACGAUGGUAACUCGAAAUGGAAAUGGUAAAACAGAUGUCCAUGUGGUAAAUCUAUCGUCGGAAUAUGAAACAUGUCUGUAAGACUGCAUGAAUACAGUCACUAUAUUUGGAUCUGUAUACCAUAUUUGGAUCAGCAUGGUUUGCCAUAUUUGGUGUAAAUCAUUUGCAUAAUCUUGCCCAUCAUGAAUAAUUAUGGGCUCAGUUUUCAUCCAAAAUACACAAGCUGUGUUCCAGUGCUUGACUUACAUCGUGAAGAUAUUAACUCUAGUAACCGACAAACUGUUUCCAAUAGCAUUAUCACUCAAGGAUGUUUUUAUUGUGAUAUUUUUUCCGUUCAGUGAUAAGGAGGUUUGGAUCUAAUUUAAAUCCAUUUUCCUAUAUAUUUAAUAAUAUGGAUCAAUUCCAUAUAAACACAAAUUGAGAAAGUGACUAAACAUAAGAAUAUUAACAUAGCAUUGCAUUGGUUUCCAUGGUGAAUGUAUCAGUAUUUCUAAAUUUAGAAUUUUUGUUGGCAUAAAAAUGCUGUCGACAAUUUUUCAAAAAGUUGCAUAUAUUUUCCAAAAAGAUAUUUUUGCAUUACAUUCAAUGGGAAUUUAUUUCCCAUAAUAUACAAAUUUGUCAUUCUUACAAAAUACCAUUGUACAUUUUAUAUCCUAUUUAGAAUAAGUAGGGUUUAUUUGCAAGACAUAAAUCUUGCUUGAAUCUGAGAAUUUUAGUCUGCUGGUAUCCAAUAAAUAUUGAGAUAAAUAAAUAUUCACUUUUUUUAUCGCUUGAA